UAUGUGCUUAUGACGCUACAAUAUGAGGUAUACAAUAAGAGUUGUACUGUAUCGUAGUGAUUAGUGAAUGCUACCGACUUUAAUUUGUCAUUUUCAUUGAAAAACUAAAAAAAAAGACCAUUUGGAUAUACCACCAACAUUUGAAUUCACAUAUGAAUAAAGGUAUUAGUAUUUCUUACUUUUACAAACAUUUUCAGCCCAUUGCGAAGUAAAGUCUAUAUCUACAAAUUUCGAAAAUUAUUUAAAAGUUACAAAAGUAAAAUACAAAAACAAACUUUUGAAAGAUUAAUAGCUACAUAAUCUCAGAAUUCAUUAACAAAUGAGAUGGUGGGUCCAAAUUAUAAUCUAAAAAUUAGUGAAGUUUAUUAAUCAUUGACACACACUUAUUAACCAUAAGAUCUUCAUGAUCUAUCAAUCAUAACCCAGAAAGAUUAACAGAAAAAAAAAAGGUAAAACGUAAAGCCAUUUGCUACCCAACAGCACAACGGGUCCCCGGGUCAAACCGAAAUCAUGGAGCGGAUCCUUCUUAAACCUAGACAACGAGGAACGAUAGGACACGUGUCAAAAGAACAAGACUGUUACGCGAGUGUAAACUGUAAAGUGAAAGUAACUCACUCACAGAAGAAGAAACAACAGCGCAGAUCGUGUGCCUCCGAACCGUUAAUUAUGGUGUGUUUGUGUUUUUGACGGACUCCAGUUCCGGGGUAGGGUUUGUUUGUUUCACUUUCUGAGCCACACAGACUCCGUUUCCCUUUUCCCCAUAUAUUCGCAUUUAUAUACCUAAACCUCUCUCGCACUCCCUCUUUGCUUCCUCUCCUCCAUUGCCGUCCCUUCCUCCCUGAGCUCCGAUCAAACAGAGAAAAAUGAGCUCUCAGAUCUUCAGAUCUGCUUCCAGGGCCGCCAGGUCCCUUCUCUCCUCCGCUUCCAAGAACUCUCGCUUUUACUCCGAGGGACGAGCUGCAGCGGCUGCGGCGGCGGUUUCGUUGAGCGGGAAGGCGCCGCUCAUCGUUUCGGCCUAUGGAAGGACCGGCUCUGCAAAUGCUCAGCAGUGGAUUUCCGGAGCCCUUGCGAUUCCCGUGGCAGCUUACAUGCUCCAAGAACAGGAGGCCCGUGCUGCAGAGCUCGAGCGUACCUUUAUUGCUAUCAAGCCUGAUGGUGUGCAGAGAGGACUGAUUUCAGAAAUCAUUUCCCGAUUUGAGCGCAAAGGUUUCAAGCUUGUGGCAGUCAAGAUAGUGAUUCCUUCCAAGGACUUUGCUCAAAAGCACUAUCAUGACCUGAGCGAGAGGCCAUUCUUCAAUGGCCUUUGCGACUUCCUGAGCUCUGGUCCUGUUUUGGCCAUGGUGUGGGAAGGUGAAGGUGUGAUCAAGUAUGGUAGGAAGCUCAUUGGAGCCACAGAUCCUCAGAAAUCUGAGCCCGGGACUAUUCGAGGUGACCUGGCUGUCGUCGUUGGAAGGAACAUCAUUCAUGGAAGUGAUGGCCCGGAAACCGCAAAGGACGAGAUCAAGUUGUGGUUCAAGCCGGAAGAACUGGUUAACUACACGAGUAAUGCUGAGAAGUGGAUCUAUGGAAACAAUUGAUGACGAUGAUGAUCAUUUCCCCCCUUUACAUUGAAUUUUCUUUCUCCAACUUUCGUCCAGGGAGAUUAGAUGCCACACUAGAUUGUGGUUAGAAGCAGAGAAUUGCUAGAAUAAAAAGUACUGUUUCUUUUGCGUUGAGCUUCAAUAGGGUUUAUAUGCGGUUUGAAUACUUCCCUUGAGAGUUAAGCAUUCAGGAAUAAAGAAUCCGAUUCCGUCCACUUUCCUCCAGGGUGGGCAUUCGGUCGGUUCGGUUUCGACCGAACCGAAAUUAUGAAUAUCGGAUCCCCGAAUUCUCUCAAAUCUCAAAUCGAUUUCGAACCAAAUUAUAAUUCGGUUCGGUCUGUUUAAAUCACAUUAUAAUUCGGUUUGGUUUGGUUUUCAACACAAAACCGAAUUUGUGAGGCUACUUGUAUCUUCUCACUUUUAAAUUAUUUUUCACCCCUAAUAUAAACAAUAAAUAUGC